UCCAGACUUGUCAACGUUUCGACAAAUAAGCGACCAGCGCAUUAUUUGAUUUAUUUCUGCUGGGAAACGCAUUAUUAUCCAAAUGCAGAAUCAUAUCGCGGUUUAUCAUAGUCGGCGGCGUUAUUUUUCUUGGCAGUUAGACACUUUACUGAACGUACGUAGUUGCGCUAUCGGGGUGCUAUGCGCCAUAUUCCGCAAUGGAAAUAUCUGACUUGAAACCAAAGUCAAUGUCGAUACGAUUGACCCGUUCUAUUUCUUCUGUGUUGUUAUUUGACCUGAUUGAUGACGAUGAUGUAAAUACAUUGGUGUGUCAUUUGGAUCAGCAGCCGGAAUUGAUCAAUAUUAGAGAUGAGGCAGCACAGACGUUGUUAAUUGCGGCUGCACAAUGUGGUAGCUUGAAAAUCCUGAGAGAACUUUUAAAAAGAAAUCCGCUUAUUGUAAACGAAACUGAUCUGGAUGAAACGACAGCGUUAAUUGCUGCAUCAAAGGGAAACCAUGAGCAAUGUGCUAUUGAACUUUUCAAAAAUGGUGCCGAUCUUUCGCUAACUGAUAAGGAUGGUUGGGGUGCUGUGACGUGGGCAGCCUACCGAGGUCAUUCUAACAUUGUCAGGCAUUUACUACAGUGGGAUGCAAGUCCAAAUGAAGCUGGCCAGCAUGGUAUGAAUCCCUUGAUAUGGGCAGCCGGUCGUGGACACACAACCGUGGUAGAGGAGUUACUUAACGCUGGUGCCAAUCCAGAUUCAUACGACAAGUAUGGCACGUCAGCUCUGGUUUGGGCAGCUCGCAAAGGACAUAUUGAUGUUAUGAAAGCGCUCUUGGAAAAGAAUGCUGACGUCAACAAGCCUGGAAGUAAUGGCUGGACCCCAUUGAUAAUGGCAGUCAAAGGAGGUUUUGAACAAGCUGUAACGGUUUUGCUUGAAAAGGGUGCCGAUGUUAACUACCUUGAUCAGAACAACAAUUCCGCGUUGGUGUGGGCGGUGAAGCAAGGUCAUACUGGUAUUGUUCGAAAUCUAACCAAUCAUGGAGCGUUUAUCAAUAUUCGGGACAAGGAAGGUCUGCCAUUGCUAAUUACUGCAUGCAAAGAUGGAAAUGUAGAGAUUGUGCGCAUUUUGUUGGAAAAUUAUGCAGAUAUCGAGGCAGGGGAUCUGGCUGGCAAGACUGCGUUAUGGUAUGCCGUGGAAAGUGACCAUACUGCCGUCGUGAAAGAGCUUUUGGAGUUUGGAGCUUUUACAGAAUCCCGACGAAAAGAUGGAGAGACGCCAUUAUUACUUGCUGUAAAGAAACGCCAUACGGAGAUUACGUCGUUAUUGUUGGAGAAAAAUGCUGACUUAUCUGUCAGUAACAAGAAGGGAGACACUGCUUUACACAUCGCUGUUCGUAGUCGAUAUCGACGCAUAGCUGAAAUAAUUAUAAAAGAUCCACGAAGUGCUCGAUUGCUGUAUCAAACUAAUAGGGCCGGCGAGACACCAUACCGAAUAGAUCAACGACAUAAGAAGAGCAUCUUGAAACCUGUUCUAGGUAUGGCGGAAGAUGAUAAGCGUCAGACAGAGGAAUUACUGGGUCACAAUGUUUAUGCAACCUCCUUAGCUGAAUUGCUCUGUGAGCCUUCAUUAGAGCUACCUCUUACUGUAGGGGUAUAUUCAAGAUGGGGAAGUAGUAAAAUACACUUCUUUAAACGGCUUCAACAGGAAAUGCAAGAAAUAACACAACAGGCGAUUCGUCCAAGACUUCGUUUCACGUGCUUCGGAGUGCUGUCUUGUCUCUUUUUUUGCAUAUUAAUUGGAAUUGGUUUUUGCUCCUUGUUCAGCUGGAUCGUUGGUGUUGCAGUUGGUUGUUCUUCGUUUAUCCUUAGCCAAUUGGUAUUUUUCCUUAUGUUGCUCUAUGACAACCGGCUAUACAAUGACACAGAGUCCUCGUGGGUGAGCCAAUAUUUUUGCCGAUUCUCUAAUUAUUUUUAUUUGCUGUACCUCGUCGUGUUCUGUGCCCCGCCCACUGUCACAUUCAUGCGCACGUCGCUUCCGGUGCAUUAUGCCUUUGCCGAUUUCAGUAAGCUUACACGAAGUAGCAGUGAGGCUACCGCACUCGUCAGCAUGGUGGAGACGCUGAACGAGGUAAUUGAAGGGAAUUUCGGUUGUAUUGUUUCACGGUUAUACCGCGUCUUACGGCCUCCUAUGGUCGAGUAUGUUGGCCUGAAGCAUUCCGAGCCACAAUUUAAGAAAUGUUGCUGCUGUAUACCGAAACUUAUUAUAUUUUUCUUCGUGUUGAUGUGUGGUGCAGUUGCACUUGUUUUGUACACGGAAGUUGGAUCCGACAGUGGUUCCCUUGUAGCUGGCCUACAGAUAUCAGGCGCGUGCGUAGUCGGCAUCUCAAUGAUCAUUCAAGCGACGACGUUUUGUUCCGUCGUCUACUCGUUGCUUUUCUCUCCGAAAAGACGAGUUUCCAUUGUGGCGACUCAGUUAGGUCUCAAAGAGGAAGGAUUUAUACACGCGCUCAAACAGGAGGUGGAGUUACUGACUGAAAUCGUUCUCGCCUUAGAUGGCUUCAAGAAAAUUCAAACCAGAAUAAUUUUAUUCCUCGACGGACUUGAAAAUUCGGAGCAACAAAAGGUGUUGCAUUUGGUUGACUCCAUAAACCUGUUGUUCACCGAUCCGGACGCACCAUUUAUCAGCGUGAUCGCGAUAGAUCCUCGCGUGAUGGUGCGCGCGAUUGAACAGAACUUCAGCAACGUUCUGCAGGAUUCUCAUAUCACUGCGCUGGAUUACUUGAAGAAUAUUAUUCACCUUCCGGUGUUUUUACCUGAGCCGAAAACAAACUUCAGCGGCAAUCUUCCUGACGCUCUGAGACUCUCCGUGGAGCAGUUGUUGCGUCAUCGUAAGACGAGCGGAUUUGAUUUAGAAUGGGAAGGAGAGAGUUUGGAAUUAUCGCCGUGUUCUGCGCGUGAGCAUUCGAAGAGUAAUGGGCUUCUAUGCAACAGGCAUAGUACUGUAUUAACCUUAGACGAUGGUGGUAUUGGUGGUUGCCGUUUAAAUCGUAGCAUCGCCGAUAUCCAUGGUGAAAAGCACGAGGAAACCCCAGAUAUGACACACGUUUUGGCUGAAAAUGAAACGCUAACUCCUCUGGGCAUACAGAGGUUGAUACACACCACUUCCUUAAGUGGACGUUUGCUCCGUGCAAAGGGUCUGAACUUUCAGUGGAAUGCUUUAGCAUCGUGGGUGAGUUUGGUGGACUCUUGGCCCUACCGAGUUUCAUGGUUGGUAUUAAUCAUGGAGGAAUUUAUGAACGUUUUGCCAGAUAAUCUACCAUUGAAGAUAUUAUUUACGACCACUCAGACCUGGCUACCAAAUUCAAGUGGAUAUGAGUACGCGAUGGACAAUGAUGCGAUGUAUUUCGAGUCCUAUCUGGGCAAUCAUUUUCCGGUUUUGAAGGUGGAGGAUGUUAGAAAAUUCCUAGCGGCAACCGUUAAUUUGGACCCGGCUAUCCGAAAUCAACUUUCUCAAGGACUGCAAGCCCCUUCUAACAAUACCUUGAAUAAUGUGGACAUUGUUGGCAAUGGUGGAGAUGGGGGUUCCUCAGAUUCUAUGGGUUUUAUAGGCCUAAACGAAGAAGGUGUUUGUGUUAAACUCUCACAGAUCGAUGGCAUCACUCUUACGAUGGUUCCCUCGUAUCAGACAACAGUUCGUGAGAAUCACAUCAAUGGCCGAGUUCUGUUCGAAUGUGAUAUGAUAGAACUUCGGGAUGUCAUGGAAAUGAAUUUCGGUGAUUGGCAGUUGUUUCGCGCCUGGAUUAUGCGACAUCGAGCAACGCUGCAUUCCGCUCACCAAAACGACAGUUCUUGCUCUCCAUGGCAAAGUGGGAAAAUCGAUAGAGGAAGGAAUGCUUCUGGAGAUACGUACGUAGAAAUGGGUAAUUUGUCUUGUGUCAAAUCACCCGAACAAAAGUCUGGCGAGGACGAGAGAGGUUCUGGGUCGCAAUCUGGUAACAAAAAGUCAGCGGGGAGCCGAGGUGCUGUUAAUGUUUCCUCUAUACCGAAGAUUGUUCUAGAUCCUGGAUCGAGCGUGCCCAGCAUUCCUGACUGUGAACAAGAUGGUAGUACCAACGUAUCGGAGGAGAAAACUGAGGCAGGCACUAGUGAAAACGCGGACGAUCCGUCAAACGAAGAUGAUGAACAAGUUAAAGUAAUUAGUUCGACCCAGAUGCGAGAAAUUUACGCCAUUACACCUCCUGCUAGCUUUACUGACUCGAGUGAUGAUAAUGAUGACGGGGAUGGAUGUUCUGAGACCAGUCCAUUAGUUAGAAAUAAUCCGUCGUCUUUUGAAUCCACCUCUUCUACCGAACAGCCAGAAUCCGUUUCAGUUGAGAAGACAUCACGGGAAACCCGCCCUCUUCUCUCGAGGCAGCCUGAGAUUGAUCAGGCCAGCCAAUCCAGCAAAGAUGCAAAUGUAAACUCCUUCGAUCAAGAAGAACGCGCGCGAGUGAAUCUAAGUGAUUUCCCUGGUGCAAAAGUACCAACUACACUAAACCUUUCUGAAAACGAUGACGAACUUGAAUCCCAGCGAGUAACGCCGAUUCUUUUUACAUUGUCUCCGACAACAAAAGGAAAUAAUCAAAUUGUGUCCGUCAUCGCUUCUCGGGAAAUGCCCGCAGCUUUUUCGCGACCUCCAAGUAUUCCAAAUUCGCCGUGCGCGCGUAAACCCAGGAGUCCGCGAAGCCCAAAAAGUCCACGUUCUUUUCGUAGUAUGUUCGGUCUUCGCCACUCUUCAGACAAAGGCAAUCCCAACGAUAAGCACGUACACGAUUUAAGUCCUUCGAAUGGAGACAUAUCUGUUCCCAACGAUUCUCUUGAAAACUGUUAUGACAAAACGGUAAAAGAAAAUAGUUUUCCCGAAGCGAACAAAGAUUAUGCUCUAACAAGGAGUGAAAUGCAAAUGAACUGUGAAGAAAUGAGAAACGGAAAUGAUACAAAUUCGGAAUGUGUCUUUGAGUCAGAUGGAAAAGCCGUAUAUUCCAAUUGCAUUGAUACUCCAAGCGAGGCGAGUAAUUCGAAUGACACAUCCGUCAAUUUUAACGAUGCAAAUACGGUGGAGGGUGCACUGAUUGUCUUCCAUUCGGAGCCAUUGCCGCCUCGCGUUCCAAUUUUAUCACACCGGUUUUCUGAACACGACAGUUUAGGCGAAAUGGUAUCGAAUAAAAACGACUCAUUGGAGGAGGCGACGAACAAUAGUGACAAAGGUUACGAAUCAGUGGAUAACUCCCCGUACGUCGAAAACGAGGGCAGGGAGAGUGGUGUUUCUCGUUCCUUAAAUGCAAAUGCAUCGGUUGCAUCAAACGGGAUUUCCGAGCUAGCUCAAAAUGGAAUUUCGGAUAAAAUUGAACAAAGUAAACUCGAAGAUAUUACUGUUAUUGAUAACGAGUCUCCUGAGCCGAAACGCUCUGUGUGGGUCCCACUGCAUGAUUCUAAACUAUCUCUUGGGCGAAAAAUGGACACUUCGAUCACCACCAAUCAUCCAGAAUGCAAUAUGUUCAGCCAAACAGCUGUGUAACACACCUGAAAAUUUGGACCGGCCGAGUUUACUGCCCAACAUUUGGGUUAUGGAAAUGUUUUUAGGAACGAUUGAAGCAUGGCUCGAGUACGUACGUGCGUGACGUGCGUGAGUACGUGCAUGACAGCGUGACUUGCUAUUCUCACCAUGCUGAACUCGCAUGUGGCAUGAAAAUCUUUGGAGGCAUCCCUUUCUAGAUUAUAUAAAUCAUAAAUUUAUAGUUAAAAACCCAAGUGUAUAGAAAUUCAGAGGGAAAAAACUGAAUCUAAAUAGCUAAUUAUAAUUUAAUUGAAAAUUUCUGCCUAUAAAUGCAGAUAAAGUUUAGUUUGUAUGACAACGUUUAUACUGCGCAACUGAACAAGGUUUGGUGGGACACUAAAGCUCAGGAUAUUAUAUGAAGUUAAGCAUCUAAUUGGAAUGGCAAUGCGACGAAGACACCCCGAAACAACACAUUUCAUUUAAGCGCAUUUGAUCAUAUUUAUAUGUUAAUUUGCGCUAUAUAAGUUUUAGUUAUUAUUAUUAUUAUUAUUCAUUUAUGAAUUUAAUAGGGUUUAGACAUGAUGUUGUUUUCGCAUUUAGAAGAGUUCCGCCGCACCAAAUUUUAAGCCAUCCAGGUAGCGUUGGCACCUUUUAAAAUGCUGCCAUAAAUAUUUACCCUAAAUAUGGCAUUUGACGUUGUAAGCUGGGAGUGCGACUGCAAUGUGUGUGCAUACAAGUUUGAUAAUUGCUAUCGUUUGCGUUGCUGUUCUAAUUGGUGAAAUUCCGAUUUUUCUUUACUACUAUAACCAAAGGUCAUUUUGACGUAUAUCUAAACUACUAUAGACUUAACGACAAUUCCUUGGUAUGUGGCUGCUAUAUAUAGACAAACAAGAGCCGACUCGCGUGCGUUCCGAUCGUGCGUCGAGGGGCUCCGGCGCCUUAAUCUUAUAACAGGCUUACCAUGAAUAGACGACACUAUAAUAACAAUAUUUAUACCCAGGAAUUACUACUCGACCUGACGAAGUCAUGCAGCCCCUUUUUUCCUGCUGGUAUUUGCCUGUGAAAAAUUCUUGCGACGCAGGUUAAUAGUAAUUAUAAGAAUCAAUAAUGAACUGCAAGUGCAGUUUAUAUGAAGUGUAGAAAUCAUUGCACAAACAUUAAGUAUAUACUAUAUAAAUAUUAGAAGAUUGAAAUGUGUCUUUGUGAUGUUAUUGCAUGCUGUUGAGUGUAUAUACAUCAAGUACAAUACACGCACGCGUUUUGUCUUGAAGAAUACAUGCAUGCAUUUCAGAAUAUAGCGCAGUACAUUAAUUUUUCCGUAUAUUUUGGGCAUUCAUUCAUUCAUUUAUUCAUAAAAGCCAGGCGAUCUAAU